UAUGCAAAUAAGCUAUCAUACACAAUCCAUCACCUCUAGUCUUCCCUCUAUUCGUGUGUUCUCCUAUAUUGUAUAUGAUGAAUGUAAUGGAAAACGAGUAUAGUGGGGUAGCAACAACGGUGGAAAACGAAUGCUCUUCUCAUGACACGAUACGUCAUUGCGAAUUUGAUAAUAGACAGGUAUUAAUUAUGUAUACGCGUUUGCUUCGUGAAAGGCCGACAGAGUUCGGUAGUGCAGUAUGAAACGAACACGAACGAGAGUAGAACGAUACGUUGCAAAUUUUUUCAAUUAUUGACUACGCAAUUAUUUAAAAAUUGAUAAAACUCUUAAGAUACUGAUUUAUCGAGCCCACUUUCAAUAACGAAGGCUUAUUUACCUUGGGGGCUAGCCCGCUGGGCGCUUUUAGCCCCGAAACGUAAAGAGAUGUCGAUUCGGGCGGCAGUCUACCGUUUUGUGCAAAAUGGUCGGGCUCUAUUGCACUCCAUCAGAAAUACCGAGUGUUUCUACUCUAAUUACCAUCCAAGGAAUUAUCACGACAAAAUACACGUUGUGCAAGUAGGCAAGUCCCAGGGCUAUUUGCCCCAGGGUAAUAACAAUGUGUCCAGUACUGGGAAACACCUCGGUUAUUUGGGAACUCAUGCUCGACGGAUUUUUGUUGAUAAUAUCCUAAAAAGAGUUACCAAUAGCUUAGCAGCUGACUUACGCAGACGUGCAGCCAGCAGAUUAGCCUUUGGUGAUUCAGCUCCUUUCUUUGCAUUGGUUGGUGUAUCAUUGGCAUCUGGUACUGGAAUAUUAACAAAGGAUGAUGAAUUAGAAGGAGUAUGCUGGGAAAUUCGAGAGGCUAUAUCAAAACUGCAAUGGAAUACUCCACAAAACGAUAAAAACUAUGAAGCUAUCAAAGACGAAGAAAAGAUAAUCAGUUUAAAAGAUUUUGUAAUUGGUCCCGCUAUUGCAAAAGGAUGCUCUGCUGUUGUCUAUGCGACAAAGUUAAAAAAUUCUGAGCGCAAUGAAAAUAAAGAUGAAAUACAUGUCGAUGAUAGGACCAAGGACAUAACUGUUUUUCCAUUGGCAUUAAAAAUGAUGUUUAAUUACGAUACAGAAUCUAAUGCAUUAUCUAUUCUAAGAUCCAUGUAUCGGGAAACUGUACCUGCUAGAAAACAUUUAAAGAAUAAAGAAUUGGCUGAAUGGGAGCUGAAAAUGACAGAAAGAAAAUCUAAAUUACCAUCGCAUCCAAACAUUGUAGCAAUGUAUUGUGUUUUUACCGAUAGAGUACCUGCUUUACCUGGUUCAUGGGGAAUGUAUCCUGAUGCUUUACCUGCUCGUAUUAACCCUGAAGGAUCUGGAAGGAAUAUGAGCUUGUUUCUGUUAAUGAAAAGAUAUGACAUUACGUUAAAACAAUACUUAGCUGAUCGUACCAUAAGUACGAGGGAAUCGAUACUACUGUUAGCACAGCUGCUUGAGGGUGUGGCUCAUCUAAAUGCGCAUGGUAUUGCACAUCGAGAUCUGAAGAGCGACAAUAUUUUACUAGACUUGUCAGAAGAAACUGAUAAUUGUCCAUCUUUGGUAAUUACCGAUUUUGGAUGUUGUUUGGCUGACAAAAGUUAUGGAUUAUACCUACCAUACAACACUCACGAUGUUGAUAAAGGAGGCAAUGCUGCAUUAAUGGCACCGGAAGUAAUAACAGCGGAACCUGGUCCAUUUACUAGCAUUAAUUAUACCAAAGCCGAUCUUUGGACAGUAGGAACUAUAGCAUAUGAAAUAUUUGGUUUGAAAAAUCCAUUUCACGGCGCUGAUUCGAAGGAAGAGACAUCUCUAAAGAAUCAUAGUUACAAAGAGAAAGAUCUUCCACCUUUACCAAACCAUGUACCAACAGUAAUUUCUGCGUUAAUCAAAAAUUUAUUGUCUAGGAAUUUAUAUAAGAGACUUGACACAGAAACAGCAGCAACAGUGAUGCAGUUACAUUUAUGGGCACCAAGUAUUUGGUUUAGAGGCGAAGGAAAGUUACCGUCGAGUAACGAGGUGAUGCAAUGGCUACUGUGUUUAACUACAAAAGUACUUUGUGAAGAACGUAAUAUGAUGCUGCCUGAAGUAUUAUGCAACGAAAAUAUUGAACAGAUCGAUCACAACUGUUAUCAAAGAUCACUUUCAACAAGAUCUUGCGGAAGACGUACUAUGCCGGAAUAUCAAUUGAUAGCGAAUUUUCUUGGUAGAGUUACGCUUGGUAAUAUUAGAAAUGCCUUAAAAUGGAUCCAACAAAACGUAUAAGGCGUGUUCUUAGAAAGAAGAUUUUAACAACAAGAAGAAAGUAUUUAUCGUCCGCAUAUUGAGGAAGGGAUUGUUGUGUGUUAUUUUUCAACACAAAGUGUAGAUUUUUUAAAAAUAUUUUUGUAUACUUGAUUUUACCGUAUAUUAUCGCCAACGUUUCUCAUUUGUUUUUCUUAUUAAUUUAUUUUUGAUACUUCGAGAAGCAUAGAGGAGUCAUACUUUCAGCUGUAUAAUAUUGUUGAAAGUUUGAUUGUAAUUAAGCUAUUUAAAAGAAAAACUAAAUACAACAGAUGAAAAUAGACGCGUUUUAUGCAUGUCUUUUUCUGGAAUUCAUCUGUGUUGUAAUACAAUGAUACUGACAAGUAUUGAAAACCAUAUUCAUGUUGGCUAUUUAUCUAUGCAAUCCACAUGACUAUAAUUUGUUAUCUUGAUAUUUCUGGAAACCAGUCUUUCGUGUUUAGUAAAUAUAAUUUGCUCUAUGUUGCCGAGAAAUUUUUAAACAAGUUCACUGUUCGAUACAUUAUGUAUUGAUACAUGGUGAUGAUAAUUUUCAAAUAAAUUCGUUUAAUUAUUUAGUUUUUAAAUUUCAAAUUUUCGUUCAAGAUGCAACAGCGUAUGAACCGAACAUUCAGUGAAGAGUAUCUUUUAUAAGUGAAAAUUUUUAACGUAUUAAUUCAAUGCGAAACAAAUAUAGAUAAAUCAAUAGCGCGGUUAUAGGAUUUAACGCUAUAAACUGUGGAAAAAAAA